AAUACAAGGCUAGGUCUAGGUCAAAAUCAAAACCCUAGAAAUCAAGCAAGCACAAAAACAAACACAACUCAGAAGCAAGAACAACUUUUUGCCCAAAUCUUGCACUCUCUCUCUUCCAUACAUCGACUUCCAUCGAGCUCGAAGUUGUUCUCUAUCAAUACGAUAUAUAUUUGCUUAGCUAAUGGCGGGUCAGAGGAAUAAUUAUGGGAAGCGGUCACAUUCGCAUUCUGACCAUCCAGACAAUGGUUCUAAUAAGAGGAGAUAUUCAGGCGAUGAUAGAGAUCAAUUCGUGAUCGGUUCUGAUGAUACUGUGUACAGGUACUUGUGCCCGGUAAGAAAGAUUGGGAGCAUCAUUGGAAGGGGUGGGGAGAUUGUCAAGCAGUUAAGAGUAGACACUAAAUCAAAGAUCAGGAUUGGGGAGACAGUUCCGGGGUCUGAGGAACGAGUGGUUACUAUUUAUAGUGCUAGUGAGGAGACUAAUUCCCUUGAAGAUGAUGGCAAAUUAGUAUCUCCCGCCCAAGAUGCGCUCUUCAAAGUGCAUGACAAAGUUGUUGCGGAUGAAUUGAAUGGUGAUGAGGACUCAGAAGGAGGUCACCAAGUUACUGCUAAGCUUCUUGUUCCAUCUGAUCAGAUUGGAUGUGUUAUUGGGAAAGGUGGACAGAUAGUUCAGAAUAUCCGUAGUGAAACCGGUGCUCAGAUUCGCAUUCUUAAGGAUGAUCAUUUGCCUACUUGUGCCUUGAGCUCAGAUGAGCUUGUGCAGAUAUCUGGGGAAGCUGCAGUUGUGAAAAAAGCUCUUUACCAAAUUGCUUCUCGCUUGCAUGAAAAUCCAUCACGGACUCAACACUUUCUUGCUUCUGCUAUUUCCAAUGUGCAUUCUUCUAGCACUUCACUUAUGGGUUCAACUGCUGCUGGCCCAAUUGUGGGAAUAGCUCCAUUGAUGGGUCAUUAUGGAGGAUAUAAAGGUGACACCUCUGGUGACUGGUCACGCUCCUUAUACUCUGCUCCAAGGGAUGAGAUGUCUUCAAAAGAAUUUUCCCUUAGGUUGGUUUGCCCUACUGCUAAUAUUGGAGGUGUGAUUGGCAAGGGUGGAGCCAUAAUCAAUCAGAUUAGACAGGAAUCGGGGGCAUCCAUCAAAGUUGAUAGUUCAGCAACUGAAGGAGAUGAUUGCUUAAUAUCUAUUUCAUCUAAGGAGUAUUUUGAGGACACAUACUCUCCAAGCAUAGAAGCAGUUGUGCGGCUGCAACCCAGAUGCAGUGAGAAGAUUGAGAGAGAUUCUGGACUAAUCUCAUUCACUACCCGCCUAUUAGUUCCAACCUCACGAAUUGGCUGCCUUAUUGGUAAAGGAGGAGCUAUUAUAACUGAGAUGAGGAGACUGACUAAAGCUAACAUUCGCAUUCUUCCUAAAGAUAGCCUUCCAAAAAUAGCAUCUGAAGAUGAUGAGAUGGUGCAGAUAUCUGGAGACCUUGAUCUUGCCAAGGAUGCUCUCAUACAAGUAACCAAGCGGUUAAGAGCUAAUCUUUUUGAUAGGGAAGGUGCAGUUUCUGCAUUUGUGCCAGUUCUGCCAUAUCUUCCUAUGCCUGAAAAUGGAUCAGACAGCUUUAACUAUGAAAGUAGAGAAAGCAAGAGGCAUGUGCGUGGGCAUCCUUAUUCUGGUGGCUAUAGCUCAAGUGAUUUGGGGGCUACUGAUAGAUAUGGAAGUUAUGGUGGUUCACAGAUUGGUGGUAGUGGCAGUUCUUAUGGAGCUUAUGGAAGUUAUUCUUCGGAACGUAGUGGUGUUUCUGGGUUAUCCAGCCAUACCACUGUUUCUCGGCGCAAAAGCUAUUACUAGAAUCCAGUGAUGUCCAUGCAGCUGUCUACAAUAUUGCCCUUUCAUUUCUAGCCUGCUGGAAAAAAGAGGAAAAAAACAUGCAUGACACAGCAGAGUGAAUAAUGGAGCCUUUAUACUGAUUUGUGCACAGCUUGGCUAUAUGACUCUUAAUAUUAGUGGAGUAGAGUGACUUUGGUUAGAAAACUAACAGAAGUGUGUUAUGAUCCCGUCUUUUCUGCCCAAAUUGUCUGGAUGUGGUAUUUCUUUACGGUUUUUCAGAUAAUCUCAUUUGUAUUUUUUAAUUUGGCCUAUCAGGUUAUUCCCUUUCAAUUUCAAUUUUUUGCAUAUUCUUUUGUGCUUAUUUUUUUAGCCUUCUUAUCUGUUUAGCUAAUUCAUGUUCUCUGAAGUAAUAAUUGCUAGUUUAUGCAGCUUACAUAUGCAUUGUUGGAAUCUGAAAUUUAGGGUAUGUUCAGUCAUGCUUCCGAUUUCUGGUUAUUCAGUUUUCUGUGGAAUUUGUAUCAUAUAUGCAUUGUUAUGUUUUCAAUUUGAGUUUUUAGAAAAUAGGAAAAUGAUAACAGAAAGCAGUCACUGACUACCUUUUCUCUUCAAUCUUUUCCAUUUCUUUCUCAUCUUCAACCUAUAACAAUAUUCAUCUAAAGUUGUAGAUCUCUCAAACCAGAAAAAAACAUUGUCAUAAUCCUUUCAGCUUCCAGAGAAUUUCCGGUUCAUUAAGAUAACAUUUGUUUUAAGGUUUACCAAACUUGAAAUUCAAUUAAUUUCUCUUAGUUUUGUGGCUUAUAAUUAGAGCAGAGAAUAAAUACCUUUUAUUUUCAGUUUUUUCCUUUUUUACCAAAAAUCUUCCUCGUGUGUAAUAUGAGUACACAAGAUUGUCUUCCCUUUCUUUCAUCUUCAACCAUAACCAUCUCAUCUUGAUGUCCCAAAGAAGAAAAAAUUCAUUAUGAUCCUCCUAUUUGUCUCUGCUUUCGGUUACUUUGACAGACAAAGCAAACUCUCUUUUUCCUAGUUAUUGUACAAAUUCCAAGACUAAUACUAAAAAAAGAGAAUUCAAAAGCAUAGUCAUGGUUUCUUGGCAAUUUCAUUUGGGUAAGGUUUGGAGGUCAUACUUUCUGGGCAAUUUCAUAUGGGUAAAGGUUUGAAGCUUGUCUUAGGAAAGAAAUGUCUGCAGUUCUAGAGCCCUCAUCUGAAUGGUACGUUGCAUGUUAUUUUUUCAUGGAAUACUAUCUACUAAACAGCACGUUGGCUUCUUCAAUCAUAAAUAUUUUUCUGUGAUUGAGAAUGUUUCCAACUUUGGCUAAUUUAUUUCAAUGUAUCUCUCUCGGGUUUUGGCAUAUCAUCUUGCAGGUAAUUUAGUGAUUGGAAGCAAAUUCAAUUGUUUCCCAUUGUUCACCUGCCUGAUAUUGUUUCUACCUUGUAUCUCUAUAUGAUUGUACAAAAAUAGAAAGUGUAUAAAAGAUUGACUUCAUAUUGGCA